CCAAAUCUUGGAGAGUUGGAGACACGCACGCACUCAAUCCAAUUCUUAUGCCCGUUUUGAGCUUACACUCCGAACUUAGGGCAAUUAUGGCCACCCACUGCAAUUAUUCUCACCAUUUCACUCACAAACCAUGUGUUGAGAAAUCUAAUCGUAGGUAUCUGUUUUCAACAGCCCAUAUCACCUACUCUAACCAUACUCAUCAAUUUCCCAUCUAUUCUAUACCACUGAAGUUCUCAGUUCCCAGAUUGAACGAGAGACUUUCAGCUGCUGUAUCAGACGAGCAAGUGAUUGAGUCCAGUGACUCGGAGUCUGAUGUUUUUAAACUCACUUAUUUGGAGGGUAAUAGUUGGUUUUGGGAAGUUGGAGGGGCAAAAAUAUUGGUUGACCCAAUCUUGGUGGGUAAUUUGGACUUUGGAAUUCCAUGGCUAUACGAUGCUGCAAAGAAGUUUUUGAGAAAUUUUAAGGUAUUACCAUCAAUUGUUUCUAGUUCAUUCUUCAAGUUUGUAAGUGAUACUUUGGUCGAACGACUGCAGCUUGAUGACCUUCCUGAACUCGACUGCUUACUAAUCACACAAAGCCUUGACGAUCAUUGCCACUUGAAGACAUUAAAGCCCCUUUCUCAAAAAUUAUCGAAUUUGAGUGUUAUUGCGCCUCCCAAUGCUAAAGCGCUUUUGGAUCCUUUAUUCAACAAUGUUACGUACCUAGAGCCUGGUGAGGAAUCAGAGAUCAAAGUGAACAAUGGGUGUAAUGCUGUCAACAUUCGAGCCACUGCUGGACCCAUUUUAGGCCCACCUUGGCAGCGCCCCGAGAAUGGUUAUAUUGUCACGUCUCCAAAUGGAAAGCUGAGGCUUUACUAUGAACCACACUGUGUUUACAACGACAAGUUUGUGGAGAAAGAACGUGCCGACAUUGUUAUUACACCUGUUAUUAAGCAGCUUUUGCCGAAUUUCACUUUGGUAUCUGGACAAGAGGAUGCAGUCAGGCUUGCAAAGUUGCUCCAGACCAAGUUUGUUGUUCCAAUGAAAAACGGCGACCUAGAUAGCAAAGGGCUUCUUUCUCUUCUUGUUCAAACUGAAGGAACCAUGGAAUCUUUCAAGGAGAUUUUGUUGAAAGAACUAAAGGAUGUGAAGGUAAUUGAGCCUACACCUGGUGUGCCACUGUAUAUUUCACCACCAGUGAGCAACUAACGUUUAAUGUACUUAUAUAGCCUUUAACUAAUUUACCUGCCCUCUGGUUUAUUUUGUAAUUUUUAUCGAACAAUACAUAUAGCCCGUGGAUUUUUUAGCUUGUAAUGCCAUUUGUUUUUUCUCAACAUAUUUUUUAGUCAUUUUACGAAGGGGAUAUAUAUUAGUAAUCUGUAUAUGUUAUUGUAUUAGCCAGUAAAAAAAAAAUCAUGUGUUCAUCGGUUAUACGAAUGAUUUAAAUUGUAUGGUAAAAUUUAG